UUACUGAAUCUCUUACAUACGACUCAAUCCUAUCAAAUACUGGUAUGUUGCAAACUUUAAGUCCUGAUGCUCCAAAUGAAUUUACACGAGUACAUCUUUAUGCAACGGCAGAAGUACCAGGAGUUGAUAUAAUACCUGAUGAAAUCAAUAUAAAACGGAUGGAUGUUAAUAAAUGCGUGAAACGAGUAUUAUUAUUAACCAACAAAUCUAAAAAUCUCCCGAUAAUUGUUCAAUAUGUAAAAGCUCCUAAUGUUUAUUUAGCAAAAGAAAUAUUCUCCUUGGAACCGAAUGAAAAAUUGGAAAUUUUAAUUAAUAUUCAACCGACUGAAAUCGGGUCAGUUGAAAUCGAAGUUGUAUUUAAUUUAUUAUACUAUGAUUAUAACAUGAUGAAAACAAAGAAUGAUUGUAAAGUAAUCGGUGAAAGUAAAAUGGUUGUUAAGUUAGAUGUGAUAUCUUCAACUAAGUAUCCAAAACCGCAACUAAAUCCUGGUUUAAAACCGAAUUAUAUUAAAGAAGUCGGAAAACAUUGCCAAAACUUGAAAUUUAAUACCAACAUUAGUCUUCACAAAGGAAUUACUGUUAAUAAUAAAGCGGUUAUAGAUAAAAAUUGUAACGAUUUGAUUGCUUUUCCGAACGAUACUCAACAGUCAAUACGGCCGUAUAGAAAUAAGCAAUUAUGUCGAACAAUUUUUGCAAGACAAGAAAAAUAUAAAGCACCAUUAGACGAGUAUUAUGAAUUAAGCGAAACUGAUAUUUGUUUUAAAAAAUCCAUAAGAGAUUAUUACAUAAAUUUUAUUCGAUCGGAAUUUAAAAAGUUAACAUCGCCGAAUGAGGAUGGUGAAAAAAGUACUUAUCAAACAACUUUAAUGUAUAAAGUUUUAUGCGAAGAUUUAACGGUUUCACAACCACCACCUAUUAGAGGUCAAAAAUUAGAUAAAACUAAAUAUUAUGUGCCACUUAUUCCACAGGAAAUGGAUAACAUUAUAAUUACUCCUCCUGUUGUUCAAACUGGACAGGCACAUAGUAGUAAAAACUGCAUGAAUUUAAUUUUGGCGUGUAAUGGCGAUAUACCAAAUCCGAACACAGUUUUGUUAAUGGCCUCUUUAUUUGGCAUUUUAUUCAAAUCUUUUGGCCCAGCUAAACACACUGGACAUCUCUAA